AUGAGCACCCAGGAGCAAUUGAAAGGCUCCUACACCAAGGAGGAGCCUCUAUCAGAUGGUGACGCGGCCGAGAGUGGCCCCGGACCUGCGGAGGGCAUUGUGAUGGACUGGACUCCGAGAGAGGAGGCUGCAGUGCGGCACAAAACAGAUUUUAUCCUGUUGCCCAUUCUUGGUCUCGCCUUCUUCGCCCUCCAGCUCGACCGGGGCAACAUUAGUGCCGCUUUGACAUCCACCAUCACCACAGACCUGGGCAUCGAUACGAACCAGAUCAAUGUUGGGACCCAGCUCCUGUCCGCCGGUAUCGUCAUCACUGAGAUUCCUUCAAAUAUCAUUCUCCAACGUAUCGGGCCCCAGAGGUGGUUGGCCGGCCAGUUGUUUGCCUGGGGAUUGGUCGCAACUUUCCAGGCAUUCGUCAAGACGUAUCCCGCAUACCUGGCUACCAGAAUUCUAUUGGGCUUGUUCGAGGGCGGAUUUAUUCCUGGUGCCCUAUAUUACAUUUCUACAUGGUACAAGAGGGAUGAGACUAGUCUUCGCAUCACCUUUUUCUUUUUCGGGCAGAUAUUUGCUGGAGCCACGACCAGUCUCAUCUCAGCUGGGCUAUUGAAACUAUCUGGCAAGGGUGGUCUCGCUGGUUGGCAAUGGAUUUUCCUAGUCGAGGGGCUCAUCACCAUUUUCGCUGCCACUGUUUUUGUCCUUCUCCUUCCGCCUCGUGUCGGCAAUGGACGCCCACUGGCCUCUUUUGGCCGUUGGAGUUACUUCACAGAGCGAGAAUCACGCAUUAUCCAACAUCGCGUCUUACUUGAUGACCCUCGCAAGGCACGCGGCCACAUCAAGAUCACCGGCAGAAAUAUCAUCGACACCGUUCGACAACCACGAGUGAUUCAACAUUUCUUUAUUACGCUUGUUUCGAUGUCGGCCGUACAGGGCUUGACGCAGUAUACUCCCACCAUGAUCAAGAGCUUGGGAUUUAGUGCCGUCCGUGCAAAUGCUCUGACUUCUGUUCCUGUAUACUGUUCCAUGGUCAUAUUGGUGAUUCUGUCAUACCUAAGUGACAAGUUCGGCCACCGGGGACCGGCAGUUUUAUUUGGUGCUACGUGGAAUGUUAUUACAUACGCUUGCUUCCGAGGAACAUCAGUCCAUUCCUCUCGAUGGCACAGGUAUGGGGUCAUAGUAGCGGCUGAUCUUUUCUAUGCCGGCGUACAUGUGUUGAAUGUCGGCUGGCUCUCAUUCUAUUGCAAGACACCCCAAGAACGUAGUGUCGCCAUGGCACUGGUUGUCAUGGCUGCCAACGCCUCGGGAAUAUCUGGCUCACAGAUCUUCCGUACCUCGGAUGCACCUCUGUAUCGUCAUGCCCUGACAGCUGUAUGUGCCCUUGCAGGCGUUGCAUGGGUACAGGUCCUUGCGUUGAACUUGCAGUCGUGGUAUUUCCAGUCCAAACAGAAAAAGAAUCAAGUUGUAGUUGCCAGCGAGACAGGCACAGACUCUACUGAAGUCGGAUUGCCAUCGUCUGAAUGGGAAUCAGAAAAAUAA